AUGACAAAACCCGAACUAACCAUUGUGUCAACUGGAAACUGUGCAGCCAUUCAGUUUGGAUAUGGCAACAUUUUACUUGGAGAAAAACAACCAAAUAUUAAAAAUUUAGAAAUACGCACAAUUGUUCCUUUACAGAGGAAGAUAUCAGAACGUCACAUCUCAGUGAUCAACAUGACUGGCUUACAUGAGAAUGAACUUAACCUGGACUCUGCUAAUCAUGUCAUUGGUCAACUAGUGAAUGAAAAUGAAAUCCAUGCCUUCAUCUUUGUUGUGCGACUGGGCCAGUUAACGGAUGCUGAUAAAAUGGGUCUUGAGUGGCUACAGAGAGUAUUUGGUGACAAAGUUCUUCAGUUUGUGAUGAUUCUCUUCACUUAUGAAAGAGAAGAAGAGUGUGACACUAUAAAAGAUGAUAUGAAAAAAAACUCUGUUCUGGAGCAGCUGCUGGAGAAAUGUGGAGGAAGAUAUCACACCUGCAACAAGACUAUGAACAACCAAUCAGAGAUGAGAGAACUGAUGAAAAAGAUUGACCAUCUAUUUAAUGAGAAUAAACAGCAGCACUACACUGUAGAGAUCUACAACACUACAAUAAAACAGGGAGAAGAGCUGAAAAACAUUACAUGUCAAAGUGCUGAACCCACAAUCAGUAAAGAAGACACUACAACAUCAGCGACUGGAGUAAAGAAUAGGGGAAAAAACAAGGCCUUUGGAACAGAAGUCAGACAAGAUCAAUGCCUACAUCAGAGAGAGAUUGGAAAAAUUAAUAAUCUGUUUCAACGAAUUCACCUUGAAGACAGGCACAACAAUAAACUCAGAACUGAAGAUGUUUUUCAGUUAACAUCACAUUCGUUACAAUCCCAUGAAUAUUGUACUGAGGAGGAGUUGGUUCAGACUUUCAUACAAAAACUGCUGAUGAUGGACUACAGAGCAAGAUACAUUAAUGUUGAAGAGACUAAUGAAUCAUAUAAAACACAACAAAGAGACAAUGACUUAUCCAAAGAUGAGAGUGAUAUUUUCGAAGAAAUGUCGUUUUCUAACACAACAAGUCAAUCAGACCAUGUUCACCCAAUGGAUGUUCAGAUGGCCAUGUUUCAUUGUGCUGAUGGUUUCUUAAAGCAGCUAAUGGUGACUAAACUGUCCCAGUGUCAGUAUGCUCUGCCUCUGCUUGUUCCUGAUCCAUUCACACAACAGAUCGAGUUUCCUUUCUGGACAUUCAGACAAAUCGGCAAGAGUUGGAAGACGAAAAAUACACAUAAUGAAAUCAUCAGUCAAAUCCAGCCGAUCUACAAGGCACAAGCUCCAAUGGUGGCUUUCUUCAGGUUUGGCUCUGUGUCUUCAUCUAAGUCUGAGCUGAUGAACAGUCUGAUCAAUGAGAAACACAACACAUUCUUCCACAGGAACUGCUCAGGCAGCAGCAGAACCAGAGUCCUGAUGGAUGGAGUGGUGGAGAUCGCCUGGUAUUGUCCAUCUGGGAAAAACACGGAUAAAUUCACAGACUGUGUUGCGUUCUGUAAUCUACAUGGUGAUGCAGGAGACCAUGAUAAACAGCUGCAGAUCCUCACUGAAAUGGCCUCAGUCAAUGUUGUUCUUCUACCAAAACUGGACAGGAAUGACAAAAGCGCCAAAAUAAUCCAAAACCUGUACAGGGACAGAAAGCCACUCAUUUGUCUUUUUACAGAGGAUGAAUCUGCUGUCAUUGAAACAAAAAAGGGGAAAUUCAAAAUUGGUCUGAAAGACAGAAAUCAGUCAAAUGUAUGUAAAGAACUCAGAAGAGCUACAAAUCAUUGUCUCUCAUAUUUAGAGCUAGACUCAAAUUUCAGUCUUGAAGAUGUGUCCAAACACUCAGAUAUACUCAGAGUUGAUGAGGAAGAUGAUGAUGGUUGCAAGACAGGAAGAAAAGCAGCACAGCAAAUGAUGUGUUUACUGGAGAAUAAACAUCUGACAGAAAUCAAAGAAUCAUUUUUGCCUCAUCAGGGGAAACUGUGGCAUCAGUGGAGUCAGAAGAACAAAGAACUACAUCGACCUCAAGCAGAAGAGUUAGAAAUGGACAUAAGCCGAAAACAAGCCAACUUGAGGAGAAUACGUGAGCAGCAGCAUGCAGUUAACAUACACAUUUUUAUGCAAUCAUUUAUUAAUGAAAUCCACGUACAUGCUGAGAAUAAAAUCUAUUUUCUUAAAUGGCUUGGAAUCUUCCUGGAUGAAUAUAUCUCCAAGGAUAUUUCUGCUCUUCAUCAAAAAUAUGAUGAACAGUGGUCAACAGUUGUAAAACUGAAAGAAAGCAAUGAAAAAUCUGAGAAACUGGCAGCUGAACAAACUAAACUUGAGAAAAUAUCUGAGGAACUCCAAACAGCAACCUUUGGUUUGGAGCACAUCAUGAGGGAAAUCGGUCAGAUCUAUGAAUCAUGUUCAUCUGUGAAGAAGAACAAGACAGACCUGCAGUUUCACUUCUCUUCUCUCCCGACUCUUGCAGCAGAGAUGAUGAUCUCUGGAUUUCCACUGGAGCUGAUGGAUGGAGAUGCUGCUCAUGUUCCUGUGAUCUGGAUCUCUGCUGUUCUAGAUGAACUCAUCCAGAAACUGGGAGACCAGAGAGUCUUUGUGCUGUCAGUUUUAGGGAUUCAGAGCUCUGGGAAAUCCACCAUGCUGAACGCCAUGUUUGGACUCCAGUUUGCCAUCAGUGCUGGCAGGUGCACCAGAGGAGCUUUCAUGCAGCUGGUCAGAGUGUCAGACGAGAUGAAAACACAUAUGAACUUUGACUAUAUUCUGGUUGUUGAUACUGAGGGCCUUCAUGCUCUAGAAUUGGCUGGAAGAUCAACAAGACAUCAUGAUAAUGAAUUGGCCACAUUUGUUGUUGGUAUUGGAAAUCUGACACUAAUCAACAUCUUUGGUGAAAACCCAUCUGAGAUGCAGGACAUUCUUCAGAUUGUUGUUCAGGCCUUCCUGAGGAUGAAGAAGGUCAAACUGAAUCCCAGCUGCAUGUUUGUACACCAGAACGUCUCGGACGUCACAGCUAUAGAAAACAUGGAGGGAAGGAGACGACUGCAGAAGACCCUGGAUGAGAUGACAAAACUCGCUGCUGAAGAGGAAGUCUGUGAUGCAGAAUGUUUCAGUGAUGUCAUUAAAUUUGAUGUACGAAAUGAUGUGAAGUAUUUUGCUCACCUCUGGGAAGGCAGCCCACCCAUGGCACCACCACACCCAUCAUACUGUGAGAAUGUUCAAGAACUAAAGAAAACUAUUAUGUCUCAUGCUGCAAAAUCAGAUGAAAUGAUGUUGACACAUUUAAAAGUUCGUAUUAAAGAUCUCUGGGAGGCUUUACUGAAGGAACGAUUCGUCUUCAGCUUCAGGAAUUCUCUGGAAGUUGCAGCCUACAGGAAACUGGAGACCGAAUACAGCAAGUGGUCCUGGAGGCUUCGCAGUGCCAUGCUGGAAAUCGAAAACAAACUGCACAACAAAAUAGAAAAUGAAGCAAUUUAUGAGGUUGAGGAAAAUGAUAUUCAAAAAGAACUGAAGGAGACAAGUGAAGAUGUGAAAAAAUCAAUGUCUGAAAUCUUUGAUAAAGACAAAGAUAAAGAUAUACUGAUUCAGUGGAAAACAUCAUUUGAAAUCAAAAUCAAAGAGCUUCAGGAAAACAUUGUGAGAGAAACAAAGAGAAAAUUAAAUGAAAUUCUUCAGCAGCGAGACCUGAAGAAAAAGAUUGAUGAUCAGAGGACACAUCAUGAAAACACACUUUAUGAAAAGAGCAAAGAACUUGCCUUAAAACUCAAAGACAAAGCAAAAGAUGAAGAAACACUAAAGGAAGAGUUUGAUUUGUUUUGGGAACAGUGUGUGAAUAUGAUCAUCAGAGAGACUCAUACCUCAAGCAGGGACACUGACAUAAUAAGAGAUGUGAGAGAGAUCCUCAAUGACAUCUAUCAGGGACAUCUACCUGUGGACCACUGGAAAGAGGGCAAUGAGUACAAUAUUUUCACAGUGUCGAGUUAUUCUGAAUAUGUUAUUUUUAAAAGGUCCACAAAAAGAGAGAUUAGAGAGGCUGUAAAGGAUACUUACAGAACAGCAAAAGAAUCAUUUGGACACACUUUAACUUUGUGGCCAGAGGAGGAAACUGAAAUAAGAGCAUUAGUCAUUGAUGUCGCUCAGCAGACAAACAGAAUGAUCAUGUCCUUUAACAUUUCAAAGAUGGGCUACAACAUCAGCUGCAUUCAACAACUCACAGAUUACAUCAAGACAAGAGUUACAGAACAUCAGGAAGGACCAGUGAAAUAUGUGUUCAAGAAUGAAUUCUUCAUGGAUUUGGUUUAUUCCAUCUGUAAGAAAUCAAACAAGAUGAUCACUGACCAACACAGAAUGUUCCGGGACACCAAUGACCCUGUUCUCUAUUUAGAGAGGAAGCGAGAAGAAUACUAUGGUAUUUUUCGGAAAUACUGCCAUGGAGCAACAUCAGCUGCUAUUUUUGGUGAGAUCAUCUGUCAGAAACUUAAAGAGUCCAUUGAGCAAAGUGUCUAUAAAAAGACUGCCAGAGAUUUGGCAGGAGAAAUGAGAUCAAAUUGUGAAUCACUGAAUGGAAACAGAUCAAAUCUAGAAAAACACAUCCUGAAGACACUGGCAGAGGAAGAGGAUUUUCACAAAUUCAUGAACUACAUUGAUAAUCCCAGUGAUCACUUCAAGAGUUUCAUCAGAGAUGAAGUCAGUCGGUACAUCACUAAUAAGUUCAGUGACAGUGUUUCACCCAAAAUGAAGGAGAACAUUCGACUCCUGCAGCAGAAGAUCAUGAAAGCAGCACAUGAAUCUACUGAACAUGAUCAAAUGAAUAAAGGAGAUGUUGUUUUGUGGUUGAAGUGUUUCACACAGCAGCUCUCAGAUGUGCUGGUAUUCUCUGUAAAAGACCUCAGUGGUGUGAAUCAUGAAGAUGUUGAUGAUUUCAACCUCCUAGAAGAUGUGAUAAGAAAAGAACUUCCUACUAUAACAUCUGACAUAAGCAGAGAAUUCAAAACUAAUACAUUUGAUGAAAAACUGGACCUCAAGUUGAGGCCAGAUGAGAUUCUGAUUGAUCACCUCUGUCAGUGCUGUUGGGUUCAGUGUCCAUUCUGUAAAGCCAUCUGCACCAACACCAUAGAAAACCACGAUGAAGAUCACAGUGUUUCAUUUCAUCGUAUUAUUGGACUAAGCGGAAUACAUUACUUCAACACAGAAAUCCUGUCUACUCAUAUCUGCACAUCAGCAGUAGCAAAUAGCAAUCUAUAUUUUUAUCCCAGUGACUCAGAAAAAGUCCCCUGGAGAGAAUACAGAAGAGCAGGAGAAGAUUAUGCAAAGUGGAACAUCACCUCUGACCUCUCUGAACUGCCUUACUGGAAGUGGUUUGUGUGCAAGUUCCAGAAAGAUCUGGAAAAAUACUACAACAAAAUUUUUGUGGGACAGGGUGAGAUUCCAGAUGAAUGGAGAAAAUACACAAAACAGGAAGCUUUUGAGAGUUUAGAUAAAUACAUUUGA